GCAUUAGUUUGAUUGAUUGAAAAAAAGAAAUUAAGAUAUUUUGACAAGUAAUCGUAAUUUCGAAUAUUGUUGAGUGAUCAAAAUAUUUAAAUCGUCAACGUCAUCCAUCUCAUUAUUAUUAUUAUUUGUUUAUUGUUUAUCAUUUUUGAUUGAUCGUUGUAAAUAUAUACAUUAUAUUAAUAAUAGAUUUGUUGAGAAUAUUCACCAAUUCCAUUGAUUCGACAAUACUUGUUGAUUGGUAUCAAAUUACAACAUGAAAUUUAUAUUCACUACUCAAUGUUUCUUUUUAAUCUUGUCAUCAUUUUUGAUAACCAAUGUGUUGACUGUUGAAUCGGCUGAUUCUACAUCAGGUGGUGUUAGUAAACAGUCUGCUCAAAAUAAAUUGAACCAACCAAGUUCGAAAACAUCAUUGAUUGUGAUCAAUGAAGAUGAUUGGGAUCAGAUGCUUCAAGGCGAAUGGAUGGUUGAAUUCCACGCUCCUUGGUGUCCAGCUUGUCGAGCUUUGCAACCCGAAUGGAAAUCAUUUUCAGUUUGGAGCUCAGAUCUUGGAAUUAAAAUCGGUGCCGUCGAUGUCACUGCAAAUCCUGGUUUGACAGGACGUUUUAUGGUGACCGCUUUGCCUUCAAUUUAUCAUGUUAAAGAUGGCGUAUUUCGCCAAUACAAAGGAACACGUGACGUAAAUACUUUUGUCAGUUUUAUUGAAGAUAAAAAAUGGCAAUCAAUUGAACCAAUCAGUUCAUGGAAAGCUCCCAAUUCUAUCCCAAUGUCGAUUGUUUCUAAUUUUUUCAAAAUAUCUAUGACUCUUCGAGCAGUCCAUAAUAGUCUAGUCGAAGAUUAUGGCAUUCCGUAUUGGGGAUCAUAUAUUUUGUUUGCAUUUGCAACCAUUUUGUUUGGUGCAAUGCUUGGAUUGAUGAUUGUUUGCGCUAUCGAUAUUAUAUAUCCUGCCAAACCUCAUGACGAUAUUUUAAAACGGCCAUCCACACAAGAUGAUCUAAUUGAUGAUACGGAAGAUUUGCAGAAUAAACGUAACAAUGAUGAUGAUGAAACCGAAGAAGAUGAUUUAACCGAUGAACAAGAUGAUGAUGAUGAUGAAGAGGAAGAAGAAGAAAAUUAUCAUGAUGAAGAUGAAGAUGAAGAUGAUGGACCACGAAUCGAAGAAGUUAUUGAUGAUGAAUUGAUCGAAAGUUCACCUGAACAAAAACGAUCAAAUGUUCGCCAACGUAAAGCACGUCGAGAUUAAUUGGAAACAAACAAAGAAAUAUUUUAAAAUCCAGAAAUUUAUUAUUAUUAAUAAUUAGAUUAAAAAAAACACGCACAUUGAUGAUUCGAUGAUUGUAUUGUAAAAUUGUUUUUUUUUUUGAAGGAGCAACUUACGACAUCACAACGAGAUUGUCUUCCAUCAAUGUUAUAAAAAAAGUAAUGUUUGUUUAAUUUAAACUAUUGAUUUUCUCUCUUUCCAAAUGAUGGUACAUGAUUCUCUGUUUUCUUUAUGCAAAAAAAAAAAAAUCGAUCCAUGGUAUAAGAUUCAUCAUAUGUUUGUUUCGAUAUAGCCGUGAAAAAUUACCAUCAUCAAUAUCUCUACACAUUUAUAUUUGUAUAAUAGGUUUUCAUACCUAUUUUAUUUUUUACUUUUAAUUUUCAUAAUUUAUCUCUCUCUUAAUAAUGCUCUAUUUGUCGUCUAUUAUAAAUAUAAAUUUUAAUUAAUAAUAAUAUCACUUUUCAUUGGA